AUGGGCGACCAAGCUGCUGUGUGGAUGAUGGGGGAGGACGCGUGGGCUCAAGCGCGCGAAAAGGCUCGCAAGUCUGUGCGACCGUCUGGUUACACUCAAUGUUCACAUCACACCCCAACUGGAUGCAGCUGGCAACAUUGCUUCCGUGGCUGGUCAGAAACUGAUUACCCGCCGUGCUUCGCGCUUAUCCACGGGCGUUCCUGCCUAUCAUACCAUCAUUCAUCUCUCGUCAAUAACACUUAUCGCAAGUCAGGGCGAAUGGAGAAUCGCCCGACGGACGGGGUAACACAGCAACUGCGACUCCCCGCUUUCGCGCAGAAUGUCCAGAGCGCCGUGCGAAGCAACUUCCAAAAUGCCUUUUCUCUCGCGGCGCCUCUGGCAGCAUGGGUCCGCGACAGACAGCUUGAAGCUGAUAGGUUCCGGGAUUUCUGCGCUGGGGAGAUCGAGAAGCACAAGCAGGGGGCGAUUCGUCAUGCUAUGGCGGGGAUAGAAAGAGUUAAAUCUCUUCCGUUGAACGCGGACGAGUUUAGGAGCCAGCAGCAGGGUUUCCGAGCUCCGUGUUUCGCGUCGAUUGCUUCGUCGCUACGCGGAUUCAACGCCGCGUCUGCUAACGCAUCAGGCACUAACGCGUACGAGGGGGGGGCGAGGCAUCUGUUCGACGUCGCCAUGUCCGCGCCGCAGGUGGCGAAGCGGCUAGAGGGCCUGGCGGUGUACACUGUGAGCAACGCGGCUAACGAGUUCGUUCUUAUCGCGGACGCUGAGGGCAGCAAGUCCAUCGGACUGUUCUGCUUCCGCAAGGAGGACGCGGAAACGCUCCUGGCGCAGGUGAAGGAUCGUGAUGCGUCACUGGGAAAGGGAGCACGAGUCGUGCCGGUGGCUAUGGAUAAGGUGUAUGCUUUGUCAGCUGAGGGGAUUGCCUUCCGCUUCCUGCCCGACCCCCUUCAAGUCAAGCACGCUGUGCUGCUGAGGUCGCAAGCAGGCGACAACAGCAAGGCCUUUGAUGGGGUCCCAGUUUUCCAGUCAGAGAGUCUAAUCCUUCGGUCCAAGAACCGCCGCUUCUGCCCGAUCUUCUUCACCAAGGAGGAUCUAGAGGCGGCAAUAAGGAAGGCAACAGGGGGCAAGCAGAAGAGCACAGGGAAGGGCCCUGUAAACAUCAACGUGCAGGUGCGUCGAUUGGUGAUGAGUUGUGGUGAUAUUGGGAGAACAGUGGUGGUCAUGAGUGGGGGAUGGGGGCAAGCCGCAGAAGAGCACAGGGAAGGGGCCUGUCAACAUCAACGUGCAGGUGCGUCGGUCGGUGGUGGUUUCAUUCCAAAUGCUCCCUAG